AUGCAAGACUCAGGUGGUGGCCUGGAUACCAUCACAGCAGGGAAGAUUGAGGAAUGCUGGGAAAGAACUGCACAGAAGAUCCUGGAUGAAAGCAUGCUUAAUUCAGAUGUGCAGUGCCAGCAUUUCAGGCAGUUCCGCUACCAGGAUCCCAAGGGGCCCCGGGAGGUUUGCAACCGACUCCAUAGCCUUUGUCACCGGUGGCUCAAACCAGAGCAACAUACAAAAAGACAGAUUAUGGAUCUGGUUAUCCUGGAGCAGUUCCUGACCAUCCUGCCACCGGAGAUUGAGAGCUGGGUCAGAGAAUGUGGAGCAGAGAGCAGUUCGCAGGCAGUGGCCCUGGCAGAAGGUUUCCUCCUGAGCCAAGCAGAGGACAGGAAGCAGGAAGAGCAGAAGGUGCAGAGGCGGUUAGCAGAAGUUAGUCCUGGUUUUUUUGAGGCAGAGAAGGAUCUAUUAGACACCAGACAAAGGUCACUUUUCAGAGGGCGCUCUCAGGAGGCUGACGGAGAUGCCACUUUACUGGGCUGUGGAAUAACACUGGCAAUGUCAACAGGGUCACCUCCCCUGGAUGGUGGUGAAGAAAAGGCUUCUAUACAGCCAGAUCAGAGUCCCGUGUCAUUUGAGGAGGUGGCUGUGCAUUUCACUGAGGAAGAGUGGACUCUGCUGGACCCAAACCAAAGAGCCCUGCACAGAGAAAUAAUGGAAGAGACUUGUCAGAAUGUGGCCUUUCUGGCAGGUGAUGGGCGGAAGAUCAAGAAUGAGGAAGAACCAUACAGGGCAUUAGAGGAAAGAGUGGGAUAUAUAGAGGAAGCAGAACAGAGAAAGGAAACUGAAGUAAAACAGGAAAAGAGGCAUGAAUCCUCUGCUCUUCAUGCUGGUGACUGUGCAGAAACCCCAAACAUAGAUGUAAAAAAUGAAACAUGGAAGCAUCUUCCAUGUGAGAAAAGCUUCAGUUAUGAAUUGGCAGAUAAUCUUCAUUGGAGAACCAAUAACGAGGAGAUGCUAAUAAAGUGCUUGGAGUGUGAAAAGAGCUUCAGUUGCAGCUCAGCUCUUAGAGAACACCAAAGAAUACACACAGGAGAGAAACCAUUUAAAUGCUUGGAAUGUGGAAAGAACUUUAGUCGAAGCUCCAAUCUUACACAACAUCAACGAAUUCAUACAGCAGAGAAACCAUAUAAAUGUUUAGAGUGUGGAAAGAGCUUCAGCUGGAACUCAGAUCUUAGGAGACAUCGAAGAAUUCACACAGGAGAGAAACCAUUUAAAUGCUUGGAGUGUGGAAGGAGCUUCAACCAGAGUAAACACCUCAACGUACAUCAAAGAAUUCACACAGGAGAGAAACCAUAUACAUGCUUGGAAUGUGGAAAGAGCUUUACUCAGAACUCAGAUCUUAUGCGACAUCAGAGAAUUCACACAGGCGAGAAACCAUCUAAACAGAGGAGGCUGACUUAUACGGGCAGGGGGGGCAGCUUCCCUCCUAUUCUUCCAGCGCCUUCAUUUCCCCCCCAACUUCUGUUUUUCUGUUAAGCAAGUGUGCGAUCUCAGUUGUUAAUACCAGCAGGAUCUGCCUUGCAGAUUGCAGCAAAAGGCUCCAAUCUGCCCUAGGCAGUAGAUACCAGUUAGCAUGAGGUCUUACUCUCAUUCUGGGCAGAGGAGCCACAAGGAGCCAGACAAGAGGUGGGAGCUAGCCGCUGGGCUCGUCUGCUUCAGGAAAAAUAAAAAGAAUCAUCUUG